AUGGCUACUCAAAAGUAAGAAAAUAGAUUAUUCAAUCUUACCCCUAAUAAGUCUUAGUAGAUUCAGCAAUCAACAUUUUUUUAGAAAGGUUUUGUUAGUUCUAAUAAUUUUCCAUAAAAAAUAGCUCCUAAUUAUUAAUUUACUUAUGAAAGCAUGCCUAAGGUGAAUUGUCAUUAUCAUGUUGAUUAAUAUAUAACUAUGUUUUGUAGAUGUCAAACUUGUUAAAUGCCCUUAUGUCCAUAAGUAUAGAAUAAUUUAAUAAAUUAGUGCGUUAAGAUUCAUUCAUAAGAACAUCAAGCAUAUAAUACAUAUGGAGAUUUUGACACUCUUGAGAAUUGUUUAACAGAAGUGUAUUAAUCUGUAGCUGGCAAUUGUAAUAGAUUUGUAGAUGAAAUGGGAUAAUUGAAUAAGGUAACAGCAUUAAAUGAAGGAAUUAAUUAUUAUAUGGAUAAGGUUAAAUAAGCAAGAUAACAAUGUUAUUAAGUAAUUGAUAAUUUCUUCAAUACUUUGGAAGCAGAAUUAGCCUAAGAAAUAGAGGGAAAUAGAGGAUUUAUGACUAAUCAAUCUUAAAACUUUAGUAAAUACUUAUAAUAAAGAUGGAAGACAUUAAUGAGUUUAUUGGAAAAGUUGAAUACAGAUAGAUGUGUGAAGACUCUUGUAAAAUAUUAUACAUCUAAUCUUCAUUAAGAAAAUGAGGAAUAUUAUCAUGAAUCUAAUUAAUUUAUGAAAUAGUUCAACAAAUGUGUACCUGAAAUCAUAAUAGAUUAAAGUGCAUUGUAUGAAUUAAAUAUUGAUUUGGCUAAAUUUGUUUCUUUGAAAAAAGUACCUGUUAUGAAAUAAGCAUCAAGAGCUUAUCCUUAAUAUCCUCCAAAUGAACCAAUGUAGCCAAUGUAUAAUUAAUUUAUAUAAACUCAACAACAUUAAACUUUGAUGCCUUUAACCAAUACUGAACCACCUAUUGAACCUCCAAAAUAAUAUCCAGUUAAAUAAGGAUCAUUUAAAUAAGAAUAAAGUCGUCCUGUUUAAUAAGAUAAUACCCAAAUUCAUCCGUAUUUAUUAACCCCUCCAAAAACAAGUAAUUUUUAUUAAUGA